AUGUCUAUUCCAAAGCCAGAAAACGGAACUCUCAGAUUGGGCUCUAAGGCCCCAAACUUCACUGCCGACACCUCUAACGGCCCAAUUACCUUCCACGACUACAUUGGAGACUCGUGGGCGGUUUUGUUCUCUCACCCUGACGACUUCACUCCAGUCUGCACCACCGAGCUUGGUGCUUUCGCCAAAUUGGAGCCAGAGUUCGCCAAGAGAGGCGUGAAGCUCAUUGGAUUGUCUGCCAACGACGCUGGCUCCCACAGAUCCUGGAUCAAGGACAUUGACGAGGUCACCGGAUCCAAGCUCACUUUCCCAAUCAUUGCCGACCCUACGAGAGAAAUUUCUCUUAAGUUCGACAUGAUUGACUACCAGGACGCCACCAACGUCGACGACAAGGGAGUCCAGUUCACCAUCAGAUCUGUGUUCAUCAUCGACCCAAAGAAGACCAUCAGAUUGAUCUUGGCUUACCCAGCUUCUACUGGUAGAAACACUGCCGAGGUCUUGAGAGUCAUUGACUCCUUGCAGACCGGUGACAAGCACAGAGUCACCACCCCAAUUAACUGGGUUCCAGGUGACGAUGUCAUUGUCCACCCAAGCGUGUCCAACGACGAGGCCAAGACCCUGUUCCCUAAGUUCAGAACCAUCAAGCCUUACUUGAGACUGACUCCAUUGGACGUUUCCAAAUAA